AUGCUUUCAAGAACAGCCUUACGCCGAGUCGCUCGACCUCAUUCUUCUUCUCCUCAACCACUAGCUAUCCGACAGUUAUCCUAUGCCUCGGUACGACCUUCUCCCAUAGCUCUUGGCAAGCGGCCUGCCCUGCCUGCUCUUUCCGUUGGCUCCCCUCUCCUAGGUUCGUCGAGGAAUAUCUCUUGGACACCAUGGCGAACCGCAUCUCCCCAAGCUGCACCUAUAGAGGAACCCAUACACGCAGCCUCAGCACCUCCUGUGACUUCUCAGACACCGCCUGAACCAAUAUUAUCCGAAAGUCAUCCAGAUUUCACAUCAGCCUCUUCCAUUCAACCUACUUUACCUGAAUCCUUAACCUCUACCCCAACUGUCGACCCCUCAUUGUUACCUCAACCACCAGCAGAUGGAGUAACACCGACACUUGCAGAUCUGAUUUUAAAUUCCGGUAAACCAUUAGAGGAGGUAUUGCAGUCACCUGAAGCUGUUCAUGCUGCCAUGCAGGUGUCAGAUCUAAAAUUAUUGGGUUAUGAACAUGGUUUCUUCAGUAUAUCCGGAUGGUUUACGGAUGCUAUCGUAGGGUUACAUACGACUACUGGACUACCAUGGUGGGCUACUAUCGCCUCCAUCACCGUUGCCAUUCGACUCGCUCUUUCACCUAUCCUCGUGUCAACCCAGAAACACAAUGUCCGACUCGCUGCAGUCAAUCCUCAGAUACAAGGCUUGAUGGAAAGAGCUCAGGAGGCUAAAUCAAAGGGAGAUGUUCAUGCUCAAGCUCUCACCGGACAAGCUAUGCGACAAUUGAUGAAAGAUCACAAUGUCAAUCCACUUCGAGCACUUCUUCUACCAGCCAUUCAAUUACCCAUCUUCUUGACAUUCUUUAACAUUAUCCGAGGAUUGGCAAACUUACCUUUACCUCAGCUGAAGGAGGGUGGUAUAGGAUGGGUUACCGAUCUUACACAAGCGGAUCCAUACUACAUCCUUCCCCUUACUUCCUUGUUGUUCACCAAUCUGGUAUUCAAAUACGGUGCGGAUGGUAUGGGUACAGCUCAGAAAUCUGGAUCACCAGAAAGAACCGCCCACAUCAAGAAUUUCAUCCAAAUGACGACUAUCGCAUCUCUACCCGUCGUCUCAUACUUCCCGGCUGCUAUCCUAUUUUACUGGACUUUCUCGACCGGUUUCACGCUCUUGCAAUCCAUUAUCCUACGACAACAAAUCGUGAAAAACAUCCUCAACAUCCCUACUCCACCUGUCGUACCACCUCCUCCUGGACAAAAAGAGUUCAAGAACCCUAAUUGGAAGGACACUAUCAAAGCUGCGAAAGGUUUCUUCGAUAACAGGAUGGCUCAAGCUCGAGAGAUGCAAGCCGAUCAAGAAGCUCAGAAACUCCGAGAACAAUCGCUCUUGGCUAGAAGUAGAAUUCAACCUUCAGUCCAAUCUGUUGAGAGGAUAAGAGAGAAUGCCCCAGCUCCAGCUUCUAGUGCUGCUGAAGCCCCUGCUGCCCCUGCUGCUGCUCGUCCGACGUCGACCGCACCUGCCAGGCAGCUAAGUCCCAGAGAGGCGGAGAAGCAAAGGAGAGUGGCUGCUGCCAGGAGGAAGAGGUCUGGCCAAUAG